AUGGGUUUCCAAAAGAAGACGGGAAAGGGCCGUUUGGACAAGUGGUACAAACUUGCCAAGGAAAAGGGCUACCGAGCCCGUGCCGCUUUCAAGCUCGUUCAGUUGAACAAGAAGUAUGGCUUCCUCGAGAAGAGCAAGGUUCUGCUGGAUCUUUGCGCUGCCCCCGGAUCAUGGUGUCAAGUUGCCGCCGAGGCCAUGCCCGUCAACAGUCUCAUCGUCGGUGUCGAUUUGUCACCCAUCAAGCCAAUCCCCGGUGUCAUUACCUUCCAGUCCGAUAUCACCACAGACAAGUGCCGUGCCACGAUUCGACAGCACCUCAAGACUUGGAAGGCCGAUACAGUGCUUCACGAUGGUGCACCCAAUGUUGGUACCGCCUGGGUGCAAGAUUCCUUCAACCAGGCAGAGCUUGCACUUCAAUCGAUGAAGCUUGCGACCGAGUUCCUGAUUGAGGGUGGUACAUUUGUGACAAAGGUCUUCAGAUCCAAGGAUUACAACUCCCUGCUUUGGGUAUUCAACCAGCUCUUCACCAAAGUCGAAGCGACCAAGCCGCCGUCCUCGCGUAAUGUCUCUGCCGAAAUUUUCGUCGUCUGCCGUGGUUUCAAGGCACCUAAGAAGAUUGAUCCUAGAUUUCUGGACCCCAAGACUGUCUUCGCCGAACUGGCCGAGCCUGCUCCCAACAACGAAGCCAAGGUCUACAACCCUGAAGUCAAGAAGAGAAAGAGAGGUGGUUACGAGGAGGGCGAUUGGACACAAUACAAGGAAGUUCCUGCCUCCGAGUUCAUUCAGACGAUUGAUCCUAUUGCGAUCCUCGGUUCAUACAACAAGUUGACCUUUAGCCAGGCCGCCAAUGGGGAUAUUGCCCUGGCUGCCCUCGACAAGAUGCCAGAGACAACAGAUGAAAUUCGGAUAUGCUGCGCAGAUCUGAAAGUUCUCGGACGGAAAGAAUUCAAGAUGCUGCUGCGAUGGAGACUCAAAGUUCGUGAAAAGUUCGGAUUUCCAACAAAGAAGACCGAGGCACAGAAAGACUUGGCCCAAGAAGCUGAGGAGAGUGCCGAGGUUGAAGACAUGGACGAGGAGCUCAAGAUUCAAGAAGAGCUGCAGGCCUUGAAAGACAAGGACAAUGCCAAGAAGAAGCGCGAGAAGAGAAAAGAGAACGAGAAGAAGCAAAAGGAGAUUGUCCGAAUGCAGCUCAACAUGAUGGCUCCCAUGGACAUCGGAAUGGAAGACGCUGGUCCCCGCGGUGCAGAUGCCAUGUUCGCUCUCAAGCCAAUCGACAAGAACAACGCCAUCAACAAGGUCACAAAGGGAAAAAUGGCUAUUGUUACCGACGCCGACGCCAGGAAGGAUCGUGACAGCGGACUCGGAUCGUCUGGAGAGACCGACGACGAGUCUGAUGAGGAAGAAGACCGUUUGGAGCGCGAACUUGAUGGCAUGUACGAGCAAUACAGAGAGCGCAAGUCAGCAGCCGAUGCAAAGUACCGCGCAAAGAAGGCAAGGCAAGAGGGUGAAGAUGGCGAAUGGGAAGGUGUCUCUGGAGACGAAAAUGCCUCUAGCGAUGAUGACGUCGAGUUCGACCAAGAUAGCAGCGAUGAUUCAGACGAUGAAGAUUCCACAUCUGCCAAGAAGUUGGUCACAGAUCUCGACAACGUACCAACAGAAGAAGGCGCCUUGUCGAAACGGGCGAAGAGUUUCUUCAACCAAGACAUCUUCAAGGAUAUCCCAGGUAUUCUCGAUGACGAAGAAGUCGAGGCUGAGGAGAACUCUGAUGUGGAGAUGUCGAAUGCUGUUGUCAAGAGCAAACCGGAAGCCAAGCCCGCACAACCGGCGAAGAAGGACAAGAAAACAAAGCAAAAAAUCAUUGAGCCCGACUCUGAUUCUGAAGAUGAAGAGGACAAGGAGGAUGAGGAUGCCGGCUUCGAAGUUGUCAAGAACAAGGAGAAGGAAGACGACUGGGAAGAUCAAGACAAGCGACUUCCGGACGGACGUCUCAAUAUUGAUAUCAUAACGGCCGAGGCCAUGACACUAGCUCACAGACUCGCAACUGGUCAAGCAACGAAACAUGAUAUCGAAGACGAAAACUGGAAUAAAUACGCGCUCAGGGACAGGGAUGCACUGCCUGAGUGGUUUGUCGAGGACGAAGGCAAGCAUGACAGACCGCACAAGCCUAUUACGAAAGCCGCAGCGGCAGCUAUCAAGGAAAAGCUUCGUGCUUACAAUGCCCGACCCAUCAAAAAGGUUCGCGAGGCACAGGCACGUAAGAAGUUCAAGACUGCUCAGCGUCUGGAGAAGUUGAAGAAGAAGAGUGACCUCCUUGCCAACGAAGAGGGCAUGACAGAGAAGGAAAAGGCAGAGAGCAUUGCCAAACUGAUUGCCAAGGCCGGCCGCAAGAAACCCAAGGAACAAGUCAAGGUGGUCGUGGCCAAGGGCAUCAAUAGGGGUGUCAAGGGUCGUCCCAAGGGUGUCAAGGGCAGGUACAAGAUUGUUGACCCUAGGAUGAAGAAGGAGAUGAGAGCCAUGAAGCGGAUAGCAAAGCGCAAGUAG